CACGUGAAAAAUUCAACAGAGGCACAAGGCAAAGUCCGAUUCCUCUAGAUGCAACUCUUGCACUCACUGCUCGCAGAUUUAAAAUGAUAGUUACGGACAACGAUAACUGGGAAUCAACAACAUAAAACUUUCUGCAAGCAUCUGUUUGUGGAUCUAGGCAGAUGAGAUUCUUCUGCUGAUGUGAGUGGAACUAAACUAACUAUCUUGACUAAACUAACUCUAUCUUGAUUUUCUCUACAUCUGGAUUUAAAAGGCCAUCAUGGUGUCGUCUGGUACUACACUGAUUGUGGUUACGCUACUUUCAAUGAUGCCAAUUGUGAAAGGAAGACAAGAAAGUGAAACUCUACAAAAAGGUUUCUCUGUACACACAACUGGGACUCGGACCAUGAUGUUUAACAUCCCAAACACCAAACGAAAUGAAAUACAUGAGAGCUUGGAUGAUGUUUCUCUAGAUGAGUCUUUAAACUCGCUCAAGAGUCUAGAAUUUUUUGCUAGUUCUGAUGAUUUUUCAAGAAAGACUGUGGCUGAAUCAAGUGAUAUGCAUUCAGCAGCUGAUUCCACAACAACUAGAUCUGCAUGUAAUGAAAUGAAUUGCAAAGAUGAUAAAAUUGUACAAAAGGAGCCUGAGAUGGAUAUUACUGGGCAUGAGGACUUGAAUAAGGUGGGAUGUGAUGGUGAAUGCAUAAUUAAUUCAUUGUAUAACACCUCUGAUGGCCUGGAUGAUACGGCUAGUGAAGAUCCAGUGGUCAUCACACAUCUCGGGCGAGUUCAAGGCCGUACUUUGGACAAAGCUCACGUGUUUUAUGGGAUUCCGUAUGCUGACCCUCCUGUGGGAGAAAAACGCUGGACUCCACCUUCACCCGUGUCACCUUGGUCGUACACGUAUAAUGCCACAUUUCCUCGUCCUGCGUGCAUGCAGGUGUGUGCUGGAGAAUUCUCUCGGCUGUGUCCUCCUAAGGUUAGUGAGGACUGUCUAUAUCUAAAUGUGUUUGUACCUGUGAGCGUCAACCUGUCGUCACCGAUAGUAACAGCACUUCCAGUGAUGGUGUGGAUUCAUGGUGGUGACUUCAUCGCUGGCUCGGCCUCUAAACCUCUGUACGAUGGCCGCUUCAUCAGUAACUAUAGCAACACAGUGGUUGUAAACAUGGAAUAUCGUCUUGGUGCAUUUGGCUUCUUAGUCACAGGCAAAGAUCCUGAGAGCUCUGCAGUGGGGAAUUAUGGGAUUCUAGACCAGCAGGCAGCAUUGCGCUGGGUCCAAGAAAACAUUGCUGCUUUUGGAGGAGACCCAAAUAAGGUCACACUGUUUGGCGAGAGCGCUGGAGCCCAAUCAGUGUGUCUUCAUCUGAUGAUGGAGAGCAGUGAGUCUUUGUUUAGACAUGCAGCCAUACAGAGUUUACCAUUCUCUUUGCCACUAAAAACCAGAUGGGAUGCUGUGAAAUUGGGCUGGGAUUUUGCUAAACUAACUAAUUGCUCAGCAUUUGAUCUGCCCUGUCUGCGCUCUCUCAGUUCACAUGCUGUACUCAACGCACAGGCUAAAUCAGGUUCUAAGAUCAUCAACCCCUUCCAUUUCCUGGAGGUUUUUGAGACAUGGGGGCCAUUCAUUGAUGGAGAACUGAUCCAGGAACAGCCAAUCACAGCCUUCCAAACAGGCCGCUGGCAGAGUUACAAGCCUGUUAUACUAGGUACAACCUCUGAGGAAGGCGUGAUCUUUGUGUACGGCGUUUUCAACCAGUCUGUGUCAAUGCUGGAAUGUGUGCUCUACACUGUUGCCAUUUUUAAGCAACAUGCGCUCAGAAUUCUGCACAAAUACAUUCCUUUCUACCGAAACCAGGACAGAAGAGUAAUGCUUUCACAGAUUGUGACAGAUUAUGUGUUUUUGUGUCCGGCUCGAUUGUCUGCUCGUUCUGGAGUAAGAGCUGGCGGAUCUGUUUGGUUGUAUGUAUUCGACCACGCUCCAUCUGAUCCCAACAUAUGGGCGGGGCUUCCUUUCUGCUACAAUCACACCUGCCAUGGGGCAGAGCUUCCCUUUCUGUUUGACUCCGCCCCCAGCACAAACUUCACACUUACACCUCAAGAGAGCCUAUUGGCCAAUCGAAUGGCAUGCUACUGGGGAGCGUUUGCCCACACGGGGGACCCAAAUUCUCAAAGUGAACAGACGCACUUCUGCAGAAAGCAGAGGCUUGCUGUUUGGCCACAGUACACGGCUAUAGAGGGCUGGCCCAUCCUGAACCUGACUCUACAGUCACACCCACAACACGGGGACAGGGACCAUUUCUGUGACUUCUGGGACCGGCUGGACAUCUAUUAAGGAGAGGAGAUCGAGCUGGGUGAAAGACACACAAGAUCAUGGUUCUGACCACAUAUAUCUAUAUCUAAUAACUUUGACAAAUCUAUUCAUACAUAUAUAAUCAGUGACAGACUCAAAAAUGUUAUAUGUUUUAAACGGUGUUUUGUUUUGCUCUUUACUCUGCCUUUCCGCGUUCGUCAAUACGUCAUGCGUCAGGGUCAGAGUUCGCUUUUUGGUCGGAACUCGACUUGUGUCUUGCGACUGACUUACUGGAAGCUAGUGAUUAUAGCUUAUGAAGUUAUAAAUAUGGAUAUUUUUCUUACAAAAAUGCAUCGCUUCGCAUCAGAAGGCCUUUAUUAACCCUCUGUAGCCGUAUGGAUUACUUUUAUGAUGGAUGGAUGCACUUUUUUGGGCUUCAAAAUCCAAGUUACUAUUCACUCCCAUUAUAAAGCUUGGAACAGCCAGGAUAUUUUUUAAUAUAACUCCGAUUGUGUUUGGCUGAAAGAAGAAAGUCAUAUACAUCUAGAAUAGCUUGAGAGUGAGUAAAUUAUGGGAUAAUUUUCAUCCCUUUAAAGGUUCCUAGGUUAACAUGCAUCCAAGGUCAAAAAACACCUCAGUUUUUGUAUAAUACCCCUCCUAACCACUAGUCUACUCUGCUCUGAUUUGUCAGUAGGCCCAGUCUGUUAUGACUGGUCAGCCGCUUACAGCGCAUGUCCGUAAAUAAACGGCUGUUACCAAAUCUGAAUUUUAGCUCCGGAGGCUUCCUCAGUGCUUGAUAUACUGUGAUACGAACAGUAAUAAUGGUGUUGGUUUUUCCGUAUCAAUUCGAGCACAAGUCCUCAUCCUUUUGAAGUGCAUGUCAACAACACGAACCAAACUUUUUCAGACAGGAUCUUUUCAGCUACUUUGUAGUUUUACUGAGUAUCAGAGAUAUUAGCAACUUUUACACUCUGCUUUACACUCUGCUUGAUUACAUUUUUGAAUAGGUAAAUUACUUUUUAGUCCAAUACAUUUGUGAUGAGUAAUGCACUUACAUAUUGCAUUUUGCAUGGCACCUAACUUUUUCUGCAGCAGUUUGUUUCUGCUAUAAAGAAGCGAUAUCGCCAUCUAAGGGCUUUGAAGGUACCAUAUCUUGUGCAUUUUAAGUUUUAUUACAAUAUCAAGGUGUUCAGUUUUAUUUUGAUUUUAGAAAAUAAACAUGUGAUUGCUCUCCUCACAAA